AUGUCUGGAGCCGGGCCCCCCGUCCCCUUCAGCUCCCUCCCACUCAACAAAUCCCACUCAGCAACGCGGCUCAACGCAUGGGGCGCCUACGGGGCCGAGGACGAGGUAGGCUUCCUAAACCGCCAGACACCCGCGAUCGUCGCAGCCGCGGCGGCCAGCGAAAUCAAGUCCGGGGUCCGCGUACCGCUCGACGCACCGCUAGAUUUCCAAGGGCCCAAACCACUCUUCGGGCGGCAGAUCUUCAAAAAGGACGUGUACCAGAAGAAGCCCCGGAUCGUGCACGACGACACCUGGGCGUUCAACACGCAGAGCUCGACGCAGUGGGACGGGCUCCGCCACUUCGGGUACCAGAAGGCGCAACGCUUCUACAACGACACCACCGUCGAGGACAUCGCGGGCACGAGCGACAAGGGGAAAGGGAACCCGAAUGUCCUCGGCAUCCACAAGUCCGUCGAGCGCGGCGGCGUCAUGGGCCGCGGGAUACUGGUUGACUUCCGGCGCUGGAUCGAGGAAGGGCCCGGGAAGGACGUCGUCGGCGACAGCUUCAAGAGCUUCCACACCUCCGCGAUCAAAUUCGACUGGCUGCUGCAGACGCUCAGGUGGCAGAACAACACCACCCCGCGCUUCGGCGACAUACUGAUCGUGCGCUCCGGCUUCUUCAAGUCGUACUACGCCAUGCUGGAGUCCGAGCCCGCCGAGCUCGACCGCCUGACCAACCUCGCGCCUCCGGGGCUCGGCGGUGUCGAGCAGUCUGACGAAGUGCUCAACUGGAUCUGGGAUCAUUUCUCCGCCGUCGCGAGCGACCACCCCAGCUUCGAGAGAUGGCCGACCCCCUACGAGUGGAGCAUGCACGAGGUAUUGCUGGCGGGCUGGGGCUGUAACAUCGGGGAGUUGUUGGACUUGGAGAAGUUGAGUCAGGAGUGUAAGACCCAGGGUCGCUGGAGCUUCUUCGUCGCCAGUGUCCCAAAUUAUGUCCCUGGCGGGGUCGCGAGCCCGGUCAACGGUGUUGCGAUCUUUUAG